AAAUUAGGUCAUUCAAUUAUAAAAUAUAUGAAAGAAAUGAAAAGAAAAGUUAAUACUAAUAACGUUAUAUAAAAACCCCAAACCCCCAAAAAAGAUUUUGCCCGUUCGCCAGUUCACUGCGAUUUUGCAACUCAAAUCUCUAUCAGCCUUCAGCGGCGCCACCGCCGAUCACCUCCACCACCGUCGGCCGUUGCCUUGACUUCACUGUAAUUACUCGGAGAAAAAAAACCCAACUGUGUGGCCUCCACAUCCGUAUAGGGAGACUGAGGAGCUCUUCAAGAUGCAAAGAGGGACUAAUGGUGAAGGAAGAAAAUUUAAUGGAAACGAAGAAGAAGAAGAAGAGGAAGAAGAAGAGAGAAACCAAGAUGCAUGGGAGAAGAUGUAUGCAGAUGAUAGAUCUUGGGAGUCUCUACAAGAAGAUGAAUAUGGCCGUCUUCGGCAUGUAGACAACAAAGCCCUCCACCAUGCUCAAUAUAGAAAACGCCUCCGCAGUGCUUCUACCACAAGAAUUCAGAAAGGCCUUAUUCGCUAUCUCUACAUUGUCAUUGAUCUUUCUCGGGCAGCGGGAGAAAUGGAUUAUAAACCAAGCAGAAUGGUUGUGGUGGCAAGACAAGUGGAGGCUUUCAUUAGGGAGUUCUUCGAUCAGAAUCCUUUAAGCCAGAUUGGCCUAGUGAUACUGAAAGAUGGGGUAGCUCAAUGUUUGACAGAUCUUGGUGGCAGCCCAGAGUCCCAUAUCAAAGCUUUGUUGGGUAAAUUAGGGUGCUCGGGUGAUGCCUCUCUCCAGAAUGGCCUUGAUCUUGUGCAUGACCUUUUAAAUCAAAUCCCAUCAUAUGGUCAUCGUGAAGUUCUGAUUUUGUAUUCAGCUCUUUCUACUUGUGAUCCUGGGGAUAUCAUGGAAACCAUCCAGAAAUGCAAGAAAGCUAAAAUAAGGUGUUCAAUUAUUGGUCUUUCAGCAGAAGUAUACAUAUGUAAGUAUCUUUGCCAAGAAACUGGUGGAGUAUAUUCAGUUGCAUUGGAUGAGUCACACUUGAAAGAAUCGGUGUUGGAGCAUGCACCACCACCUCCAGCAAUAGCUGAAUUUGCAGUUUCCAAUUUAAUCAAGAUGGGUUUCCCUCAAAGAGCUGCAGAAGGUGUUAUCUCAAUCUGUUCAUGUCACAAGGAAAUUAAGGUGGGUGGGGGUUAUACUUGUCCAAGAUGCAAAGCCCGUGUAUGUGAGCUUCCUACUGAAUGUUGCAUAUGUGGGCUGACCCUUGUUUCAUCUCCCCAUCUGGCAAGAUCAUAUCAUCACCUUUUUCCUAUUACUCCUUUUGAUGAUGUAUCACCAUCACUCAAGAACAACCCGCGUAAGCUUCCGAAGAGUUGCUUUGGUUGCCAGCAGAGUCUUCUAGAUCCUGGAAGUAUGUCGGUGUCUUGUGUUUCUUGUCCCAAAUGCAAACAGCACUUCUGUCUUGAUUGCGACAUCUAUAUUCAUGAGAGCUUGCACAACUGCCCUGGUUGCGAGAGCUUCAAGCAGUCUCACUCGGUCGUGGAUAUGGAAGAAUAGAGUUUGAUUACUUGUCUGGGAUUGGUUUUUCCUCUCUCCUGGAGAGCUUCAUUGUUUUCUAGGUGAUAAGAGUUAGUAAUGGCUGUUUAUACUCUUCUGGUUGGAUGUCUCGGAUUCACAUAGAGAAGAAGACUCUUAGCAGAAAAUUGCCAAAAGAAGAGACUCUCUUGAGCCUGAUGCCCGGAGAAGACAAUUUUGAUGAUCGACAGUGCAUGAAGGAUGAUCUCUGCUCCAAACCUCCAGCAGCGUUGUGUCACCCAAUCUUUUUGAGCUGGGGAAACUGGGAAGUGUUGAAGUUGGUCAUAUGCUGCAGGGUUCAAUGAAACUGUCUAAACGCCUAAAAGGCUAGAAAAGAAAACCAGUAAAACAAAGUUUAAAAUUUCUUCUUAAUUGUGUUCUAUAGCAACUUCUACUUCUUGCAUGACUGAAUAUACAAAAUUAGACAGCGAAUUUUAAUGUGAUUACAUUUGUUGAUUCUUUGGGAUAUAUAACGAUGAUGUAAUUUGAUCGGGCAUAAUUCAUGGACGGAUACUACUAAAGAACAAUGACUCAAAACACUGUAUAUAUGAUAGGUUUAAGUUCGUUCUAAUGUACUUCCUCCGG